UUUGAAUCUCCUGAAGGCCACCUUGACAUCAGCAUAAUUCCUCAGCAUUAGGCCUUUCCACUAUGCUGUCGACCAUGCAAACUAAAGCCCUCCUGGGCAGCCUCCUGGUCCUGGCCACCUUUGUGACUGUAUGCAAAGCCCACUGCUACCUCCAACCCCUGGUUCAAGGUGAAGGUGAUUCUCUUCCAGUAUGCAGGGAUCUUGAUGGAACCACACACCCAAUAAACUCAACAUGGAUGUCUUGGAACUGUACUAAGUGUGUUUGCUAUCAAAAUAAGUUGGAAUGCUGCAGUAUACUCCAUAUACCUCUUCAGUAUGACAAGUCCAAAUGCCACACCGUGUUUCACACGAAUGACUGUAGCGUCACUGUUGUGCAGACUUGGGAUCAACCAAAGCCUUGUACUUUCUAUGUCCGGAUACUUGAUGUCUUGAAGGCGGCCGAGCGUGUCCUACUCCCUUCUCAGAAACCACCAUCCUCAUGUUAGUAGUAUCACCACAGGAAUAGUACAAGAGAAAGUCUACCUCAUUCAGUUCAUCUCUCUUGAUUUCUACCAGUCUGUGAUUGUGGAGCCCUGCCUAUC